AUGCCCGCACACCACGUGCCUUUGCGGGGCUGGCUGCCGUUCCUGGCCUCCGCUGCCUGUCACAGGGUGUCUCCCAGCCCGGGGACGGUGUGGCCCCAUGCUGUGUCUCCAGGCGGUGCCCUGUCCUCCAGCGGGGCCAGGACAGGCGGGCACGGCUGCCGGUGCUGCCACCUCUUUGCCGUAGGGGAGGGCGGGCAGCCUCCCUCUGACAUCCGCCCUCUGACCCCCGCAGGCACCUUCCUCUCGGCCUUCGCGGUGUUGUGCGGAGCCCGCACCGACCUGCCCGACAGGCAUGUGUGCUGCGUCUUCUGUCUGAACGUGGCGGCGGCGCUCAUCCAGGUCCUCACGGCCAUCGUCAUGGUGGGCUGGAUCAUGAGCAUCUUCUGGGGCAUGGACAUGGUCAUCCUCGCCAUUUCCCAAGGGUACAAGGAGCAGGGCGUCCCGCAGCAGCUGUGA